CGUCGAGGAGGGAAGUGCUCCAACGGCAUGUUGUGCUCGAGCGCUUCAUCAUAGUUGCAAUGGUUCGUUGGCCUCUGUGAAUAAACUACUGCGCUCUGUGGAGUCCACUUUUUGAUUCUUCAAAGCUGGCAAGGUAACUCAUUUAACUUUGAGGAAAUAUCAGCCAAACACUAACAGCUGUCAUUGAAAAGCGCUAGUUGAGGUUAUCUGAAGAUGGAUGUCAAGAAGAAGAACUUCUUUGACAACCUUCGCUUGAAAGCCAAACUGAUCAAUCUUAAGAAACCCGGUAAAAAGCCGCCUGCUAAACAAGGCAAGCGACUUGCGUACCGCCGCAGCAUCUCAGUGCCGGACCUCCGAUUUGUCCAAGGGGAAGAACUUUCCGCGGAAAGCAUCUUGACAAGUGCUGGCCCGGAUGGUGGAGGAAUUGGGUUUUCACCUGGAAUAAGUGAUUCUGACUCAGUUGGGAGCUACACAGUUCCCGAUGGUCCGCUUUUUGCCGAUAAGCUGACGGUUCCUGUGCCCCGACCCAGAACCAGAGUCUCUCCAGACUACAGUGCGGUGAACCGGAUAAGUGCACCUGUGGAGACCUUGGCUGUGUACGAUGAAGUUGAUGAGAUGGUCAGAAACAUGGAGGCGAAGGGGAACUUUAAUCCAGAAGCCAUGUACGCACAAGUUGACAAGAUACACAAAAACAAGCCGCCGCAGUUUACCUUUGACAUGGCGUCACCUACGUGGAAAUCCUUUGAGUCCGGUGGUCAUUCAAGCUCACCAAAACCUGUUGUGAAAAGCAGCAGUCUGACUGGUGCUCUCCCAGAGAACCAGGCAUCAGAGAGAAUCAUGUCUGUUGCGGCAGUGUUGGCGAGAGCGCACUCAUUCGGAGAUCAAGUGAACCUAUACGAGGAUCUCAAGUCUGCUCGCCCUGGGAAAGGGACUCCGCCGGCGAUCAGAGAAAACGCUUCUGGUGAGAGGAUGUCUCUCAAUCUAGAUAACGUGGGCUCACCUUUAGAGAGUGGAGAUCAUAUCUCUGCCGAUUCUGCCUGCGACACUCCGAGCGAGGAACAAGUCAACGUGCCCUGGACAGACUCAGAAGGACUGGACCAGGAGCUCUUCUCUCCACAGAUGAUGAAAGAGCUCCUUGCAGAAGAUCAUCUUCAUGAACUAGGCCAGGCGGAGGAUGGUCCAGAGGAGGCGGUGGAGCUUACCAGUGAAAUGUGCGAGAACUUGGAGGAAAUGACUCAGGAGCUGUGUGAAAACUCUACGACAAACGCAGGACCCGACGUCCCAGCUCCAGUCCCCUUUCAGAGGUAUCUCCUGUGCAUCACGCUCAAGUAUGGGAAGAAUCUGGUCAUCAAAGACAGACGCUCGGGCUCCAGUGAUCCGUAUGUCAAGUUCAAACUGGAGGGAAAGCAGUUCUAUAAGAGCAAAGUCGUUUAUAAGAACUUGAACCCACGCUGGAAUGAAUCCUUCACGUAUCCGCUGCGAGACAGGGAGCAUGCGGUGGAAGUUCGGGUUUAUGACAAGAACCGGACUGCUGAUGAGUUCAUGGGUGCGAGCAGCAUUGGCCUGAAAAAUCUUGAACUAUACAAAACUUAUGAAAUGGAGUUAUGCCUGGAUGAUCCCAAAAGUAAAGAGGACAACAUGGGUGUCAUCGUCGUCGAUGCCUGCCUCAUGUUUCGGGAUGCCACCAUCAAAAGGAGCCCUAGAUGGGCUCCGAGGAAGAUUAAGCAGAAAGCGACGCCGUCGCCGCGGCCAGCAGAAAUGCAAAGGAGUCAACAGAGGAACCAGAUGUGGACUGGGGUGCUUGCCAUCACCUUGGUGGAAGGACAGGAUUUGCCGCAGCACGGCCAAGGAGACGUUUAUGUCCGUUACCGUCUCGGCGAUCAGAAGUACAAGAGCAAGAACCUUUGCAUUCAGGCCAACCCUCAGUGGAGAGAACGCUUUGACUUCAAUCAGUUUGGAGAUAACCAGGAGCCUCUGCAGGUGGAGGUGUGUUCAAAGAGAGGCAGGAAAGCUGAAGAGUCGUGGGGAAUAUUUGAGAUUGACCUCUCAAGGCUUCCAAUUAAUGAGCGGCAGCUCUACACUCAUGUGCUGGACCCGGGAAAGGGCAGGCUGGUGUUUCUGGUCACCCUGCGACCUUGCUGGGGCGUCUCCAUUUCUGACAUAGAGACGGCCAUGUUGGAGAAAGCUGAUGAAAGGGAAACGAUAAUGGAGAAAUUUAGCUUAAAGAACAGCUACAGAUGUGUGGGAGAUGUUGGCUUCCUCCAGGUGAAGGUGAUUAAGGCCAAUGAUCUUCAAGCUACGGACCUGAACGGGAAAAGCAACCCUUUCUGCAUCAUCGAACUUGGGAACAGCAAACUUCAGACACACACCAUCUACAAAACUGUCAACCCAGAGUGGAGUAAAGCUUUAACUUUCCCGAUUAAAGACAUUCACGAUGUGGUGGAGUUGACUGUUAUGGAUGAAAAUGGAGACAAGUCUGCAAAUUUUUUGGGGAAAGUGGCUGUUCCUUUAUUGACUGUCCAGAAUGACCAGCAGAUCAGUCUGUUCUUGAAAAAAGAAGACUUAAGUGGCCUAUCCAAGGGAACCAUCACAUUGACACUAGAGGUCAUCUAUAACAAGGUCAGAGCUGGGAUCCGAACAUUCCAGCCGAAGGAGGCAAAAUUCACAGAUGAAAACCUCAAGUUCUCCAAAAAGGUUCUGGCCCGGAAUAUAUACCGGGUUCGAAAAAUCAGCACAGCAAUUCUGAACACGUUACAGUACAUUAAAAGCUGCUUUCAAUGGGAGAGCACGCAACGGAGUGUAAUAGCCUUCCUGAUUUUCCUGGUGACAGUGUGGAACUGCGAGAUCUUCAUGCUGCCGCUGUUCCUGCUCCUGCUCAUCGGAUGGAACUACUUCCAGCUCGCCAAAGGAAAAACCAGCUCCAACCAGGACCUGGUGAACAUGGGCAUCGGUGAUGAGGAUGAGGAGGACGAGAAGGAAACUGCCAAGAAGGGGUUGAUGGACAAGAUUCAUAUGGUCCAGGAAGUGGUGCUCGCUGUCCAGAAUGUUUUGGAGGAAAUAGCAAACAUUGGCGAGCGAAUCAAGAACAUAUUCAACUGGUCUGUUCCCUUCCUGUCGCUUCUGGCCUGUCUGGUGCUUUUUGUGGCUGCAAUGCUGCUAUAUUUCUUCCCCCUGCGGUACAUUUUGCUGAUAUGGGGCAUUAACAAGUUUACCAAGAAGCUGCGCAACCCCUACACCAUUGACAAUAACGAAGUGCUGGAUUUCCUGGAGAGGGUGCCGUCUGAUGUUCAAAAGGUGCAGUACAGCGCGCUCAGAGCGCCCACCAGCCAGAGCCAGCCGCGCAGGAGAAAGUAACCCAGCAGACCCGGCGCCGGAUGAAAGGCCGGCCUCUCUUUGAAUUGGCUCCGACGCAGUCCACCUGACAAGAACGCUUCACUGCCACCAGAGCCGGCGACCCCUCACACCCCGUCACGGCGCCCCAGCUCUGCCCCCUGCCGCUGAGGGGCGCCCGGCCGCUCUCCGGCUUGUGUGUCUGCCGCCCCCCCGACAGGGGCUGUGAACUGCAGCAGCUAAGAGGGCAGCACAUGGCGCUGUCAAUCACCAGCCUGGAGGUAAAGAAAAGAGAGCGCCGCCGAGCUCAGCCUUCAUCUUUUGGAAAUCAUUUCGCCGAGGAAUGAAAAGCUGCAGGUUGGGCUUAGCGCAGCUCUCCGCCAGUUUGUUUUUAAAUCUGAGAUAUUUGCCCGGAGGUGACGAUAAUCCAAGAGUUUAUGGGAAACAAAUCGCUGCAGUGCAUUUGUGUGCGAGUGGUUCGACGUGGGUCGGCGCAGGUUUUAAAUGCUCAGGUAGGUUACUGCACGCACAGCAUAUUUGUGAGGCUGCCCUUUGUAAAAAGUUGUGAAAAACAAGACUCUUCAAGCGCCACUCAUCUCUACUUCUGUCUGAUAGUAUUUUUAUAUCAGUGUGUCAUCAUCAAGUGGAGACUUUAUUACCAAUAAAGAUUUUCAGCUCAGUCUGCGCGAGGA